AUGGAAGCACUUAAAGGCAUAAGUUCCUUCAUAAAGACAAGAAAAAAUGAAUUUGAAUCAGUUGACGAUGCCAUUAAAUGGAGUGUAAAAUCCGGCACAAUUCGCAACCUUGGUUCAGCUCGAGUAUCAAUACCUCCCCUUUUGAAAAAAAGGGGAUCCAGUCAUGUCUGGAAAACUGAUUUGAUGGCAAGUCAACAUUAUUGGGAAGGAUGGUUUAUCGGAUUGUCGGAAAAAUUCUUAUCCGCAAGUGCCGCGAAGCUACUUAUCCUUGCAGGGAGAUAUCAAUUACUGGUGUUUCCGGAGGUGGGUCACAUGGUACAAGAAGAUGCACCCGAAAGGACAGCAUCGGCGCUUGUAGAAUUCUGGAAAAGGAAUGAAAAGUUGGUUCUUCCAGUGAAGAAGCCCUUUGUAGGAAACAAAGGGUAG